AUGGCGGUAGAACACCCAAAGUCCCUUCGGGAAUAUGCCAUGCUUGAUGGGUGUCUAGGUCGAAAUCAACUUGCCGGCACUGAGAUGGAGAAUCCAAACGACCACCUAGAUGAGUUCGUGAAUAAGUGUGGCACUGUGAAAUAUCAGGGGAUUUCUAAUGAACAAAUGAAAUUGAUUUGUUUCCCCUACUCACUCUGUGGGGAGGCAAGAGAUUGGUUAAGAUCUGAAGGUCCAAACAAGUAUCGCACUUGGGAGGCAUUAUCUAAGGCUUUCGUUGCUCGAUUCUUUUCACCAGCCAAAACAGCUAAACUACGUAAUGAUAUCACCUCAUUCCGUCAAAAUGAUGGUGAAGCAUUAUACGAGGCUUGGGAAAGAUAUAAAGGGCUACAAAGGAAGUGCCUGCACCAUGGAAUCCUAGACUGGCUCUUAAUUCAAAAUUUUUACAAUGGUCUUAGGGACGAGAUACAAAUUUCAAGAGAUAAAAGGAAUACCAAGAAAGGUGGAAAAUAUAAAGUGGAUGCAUUACUUGCUAAUCAAAACUCUAUCCACGCAUUGUCAAGGAGGAUGGACCAGUUGAGUGUAGGGAACACACUAAAGGUUUGUGAAGUGUGUGGAAUCCAAGGGAAGCCACCAUUCAAUCCAUACUCCAACACUUAUAAUGAAGGUUGGAGGCAUCAUCCCAGCUUUUCAUAUAAAAAUCCUAAUGCAUAUUUGAACCCACCAUCAUAUCACCAACCUCUACUAACAUAUAACCAACAAACCCCAGGGUUUCAAAAACCUCCAUCACAAAACUCACCGCAAAAAUCAAAUUUGGAGUCCUUGAUGGAGAACUUCAUUGCCACUCAGUCCAAAAUUAAUGAUGAUACUUCUAGUGCCAUCCAGCAGAUUCAAGCACACAACAAAAUCAUUGAUAAUCAGAUGGCACAGAUGGCGCAGCAAUUGAGCAACCUCUCUAAACCCAGUGGAUAG